AUGUCUUCUACCCUUGAAAUUGAAGCUCGGGAUGUGAUUAAAAUUGUUCUUCAGUUCUGCAAAGAGAAUUCCUUGCAUCAAACUUUUCAGACAUUGCAGAAUGAGUGCCAGGUGUCUUUAAAUACAGUAGACAGCCUCGAAACGUUUGUUGCUGAUAUUAAUAGUGGAAGGUGGGAUGCAAUAUUACCUCAAGUCUCACAACUUAAGCUUCCUAGGAAGAAACUAGAAGAUCUAUAUGAGCAGAUUGUUUUAGAAAUGAUUGAACUUCGGGAGAUUGAUACAGCACGUGCUAUCUUAAGACAAACUCAGGUGAUGGGUGUCAUGAAACAGGAGCAACCUGAGAGAUACUUAAGACUUGAGCAUCUACUAGUUCGAACUUACUUUGAUCCAAAUGAGGCAUAUCAAGAGCUAACAAAGGAGAAAAGACGUGCACAAAUUGCACAAGCCAUUGCAGCAGAAGUUUCUGUGGUUCCACCUUCACGAUUAAUGGCUUUGAUUGGCCAGGCUCUGAAGUGGCAGCAGCAUCAAGGGUUACUUCCACCUGGAACUCAAUUUGAUCUGUUCCGAGGAACAGCUGCUAUGAAACAAGAUGUAGAAGAUAUGUAUUCAACUACGCUUGGGCAUACUAUAAAGUUUGGGAAAAAAAGUCAUCCCGAGUGUGCUCGUUUCUCACCAGAUGGACAAUUCCUUGUUUCUUGCUCAGUCGAUGGAUUUAUUGAGGUGUGGGAUCAUAUAAGUGGAAAACUUAAGAAAGAUCUUCAGUAUCAGGCUGAUGAAACUUUUAUGAUGCACGAUGAUGCUGUCCUCUCUGUUGAUUUUAGUAGAGACUCUGAGAUGCUUGCUUCUGGAUCACAAGAUGGAAAAAUAAAGGUUUGGCGUAUUAGGACUGGUCAAUGCUUGCGCCGGCUGGAACGUGCUCAUUCACAGGGUGUCACGAGCCUUGUCUUUUCACGAGAUGGAACUCAGUUGUUAAGUGCAUCAUUUGACAGCACAGCAAGAAUUCACGGAUUAAAGUCGGGCAAGAUUUUGAAGGAAUUUCGAGGCCAUACAUCUUAUGUUAAUGAUGCCAUCUUUACCAGUGAUGGCUCUCGCGUCAUAACUGCAUCAAGUGAUUGUACAGUGAAGGUUUGGGAUUUAAAAACUACAGACUGUCUGCAGACCUUUAAGCCGCCUCCUCCCCUUAGGGGAGGUGAUGCAUCUGUCAAUUCUGUUCAUCUUUUCCCUAAGAACACGGAUCACAUAGUUGUGUGUAACAAGACAUCAUCGAUAUACAUCAUGACACUCCAGGGGCAGGUUGUAAAAAGUUUCUCAUCUGGUAAAAGAGAAGGUGGGGAUUUCGUGGCAGCUUGUGUGUCGCCAAAAGGGGAAUGGAUUUACUGUGUUGGUGAAGACAGAAAUCUGUACUGCUUCAGCUAUCAAUCUGGCAAAUUAGAGCAUUUAAUGAAGGUACAUGAGAAGGAUGUAAUUGGCAUCACUCAUCAUCCCCACAUAAACCUGGUGGCCACAUACAGUGAAGACUGCACGAUGAAAUUGUGGAAGCCAUGA